AUGAUAAAUCCAACGUUAAAAAAAAUCCUCGACAUUUGUGGUAUUGUAGCACUUUGUGUUGCUGCAAUUGCAGCAGCUGUUUUUCUUCAGAUUCUUUUUGAAACUUAUCUUGGUAUGGCUAUAGAUAUGCUGCGUAAAUUUUUUCUUGCACAAAACGCAAGUGAAGGAGUAGCUAUAACAUUAAGUGUGUUGGUGGUAAUGGCUGCUUUGAUUGUCCUUCCUUUUGCCUGUUAUUUGAUACAUAAAGUAAAUUCUGCUUUUACAGAGAAAAUUGAAAGUAGUUAUGAGUCUUUCAAAAAUACAAAUUUGUCAGAUAAUCAGAAUAUGUUUCUUGAAAUAUAUAAUGACCCAACAAUAAGUCUAAAGGAUAAGAUACUGUUUUGUGCCAUAUAUGCAGUAUAUUGCAUUCAACGACCAUUUCUAUACUGUGCGUCGAAGGUAUCAUUAGUCAAUAAGUGGGUGCUCGAUGCUAUUUUUAGCGGCCAUGGAAAAGGAGGCAAUGGGAUUGUGGUUUGCGCAGCCUUAACGUUAUUAAAUGCUAUAAUAUUAGCUCCAGUGGCACUGCUUGAGCUAAUAAAAUAUCCAUUGAUAAAAUUAUUCUCACCGCUUGGGUUGAAUGUAGCACAACUAAGCUUUUUGUUUAAUACAAGCGAUGUAGGUAGCAGUGGUCAGAGUGUUCAUACGAAGAGUUUUGAACAUAGUGUUAUUCGAUGUGCUCAAGAGCUCAAAACAAAGUAUGGUACUCAGCCGAAUGUGUUGGAUAAAGAAUUUGAGAAUUAUAUCAAGAACUCAAAGGAACUUAACGAUCAGGAAAAAAAUCUACUGAAGAACUACCUUAACUUUGAUGGUUCUAACAGGCAAAAUUGGGCAGAAUCCCAAACCAAAAUGACGCUUACACAAGCUGCAAAUUUAGUUUUAACUGCAGCCCGAGAACAAAAAUUAGAUAUGACUCUCUUGAAAGACGUAUUGCGAAUUCGGUUGCAAGAGGGAAUAGAUCUAUGUUAUCUUGGGAUGUUUGUUCGUGUUGUUUACACGCUUGGCGGCUUUGAAAAAAUAAAUAAUUUUAUAGCUGGAGCAAACGAGCAAGUAAAUAACAAAACUCCUGAACUUACUAAACAAUUUCUUCUAGGUUGUAAUCGUAAAGAGAUAGAAUUUUUAAAAGACAAUUUUGAUGCUUUUUAUUUUGAAAGGGAUAUGAAUCCUAAAGUAAAAGAUGACAUGAGUAGAUUAAUGAAAGAUGCAACACAGUAUGUUUUUAAUGAAUUAUAUAUGGAGUAUUAUAAUCAGUAUGGGAAAGGAGAUGAAGGAAUUAGCAGAGGUUUUAUAAAGCAUAAAGUAAAAGCAUUAAUUACAGGUGAAGAUAUAAAAGAGGCAGUAAAUGCUGUAAUAGAUGACGUUCAAACUCCACCUACUUAUUUUGAAAGAGUAAAAACAUUUUUCUGUGGAGCAGAGCGUGCCAACCAACCUGGUUGUUAGCUUUAUUAGAUCUCUUUCGCAACUGAUUUACGGUGAAAGGAAAAGUGCACAGUAAAAUGUUCGAACGUCUA